AAACACGAUUAUAUAAAAAUGGAGAGCAUUUAAAUAUAUCAAGUCCUGACCUGGUCGCGACUUACAAAGACUUGGUGUUAAAUCAUAACAGAAUAUCACAUCAUAUAGAAACAUCUACAAAAAUUGAGCCCGCAAUGCGUUAGGAAAAGGAAAUCCUCUUUGCAAUGAUUUCAUCAGCACACAAUGGUGUAUAAAAGACAAGAAGCGUGGAAUAGAUUUGUUUUCAUACAAAUUAUACUAUGUUUAAACUUGCACAAAGGAAAUGGAUCCGUUCUGACGAGAGAAAACAAGGAAUACAAAUGCAUUGCCUUGCGGUUCAUGAAUCACGCUGGGGGACAUUUCAAAAUCAUCUCGACAAUGAAGCCAGAAGGAUACAUGAUCAACACGGACGAGUAUAAACUCAAAACAGUUUUCAGACAUUCGCAGCUAAGGCAUUUCGUCAUAUUUCACGGAUUCGAUGACAGCAUAAACAGAGAAAUCUUACUGGAUGGAGAGAGAACAAUAUCCGUGUCACCACAGGAUGACUGCGACAAUUUUGCUGAUGUCAUUGUCACAGCAAGAGAAGGUCCUCCACGCAGACAAGAUGCCAUUUUCUUAGAUACCAGUCUUCCAGGAAGUAACGGUCAAGUUUCAGGUAACAGCGUACCAACAAAACAAAUAAGUACGCCAUCGGGAGACAAUCUAGAUCCAAUAAAGACGACGCCCUCCAGUGAGAAAGGAUGUCAGAGCACUCACGAUGGAAACGCAAUGGGAGCCUGUUGCCAUUUCCCCUUCAUAUAUCGCGACAAAAUUUAUGAUCGAUGUACAAAAUCUCAGCACAAUGACAGGAUAUGGUGCGCGACAACAAUCGAUUAUGAUAGAGAUGGACAAUGGGGGUAUUGCCAGGGUAAGUAGGGGUGUAGACAGGGUAAGUUAGGAUUAGUUCAUUUCAAGUUACAAUACAGGCCUAGCACGUCACACUAAAGUACUUUAUACGUAACUAGAAGGGAC